CUAAACUCUUGGUUCCACUGGGCUGCAGGCAGUUCACCUGCAGAGGAGUCUCCAUAAAGCAGCAUGUUUCCUUUGCUCUUUGGGGCUGGACUGGUGGUUCUGAACCUAGUGACCUCUGCUAGGAGCCAGAAGACAGAAACCCUUAGUGGCUCUGGGGACCAGCCACUCUUCCGUGAAGCAGAUCGAUGUGACUUUGCCAUCAUGAUCCCUCCAGGAGGCACAGAAUGCUUUUGGCAAUUUGCCCACCAGACUGGAUACUUCUAUUUCAGUUAUGAGGUUCAGCGGACAGUGGGAAUGUCACAUUACCGGCAUGUUGCUGCCACUGCACAUACCCCACAGGGUUUCCUCAUAGAUACCUCUCAGGAUGUUCGGGGCCAGAUUAACUUCUCUACCCAAGAGACAGGUUUUUAUCAGCUUUGUCUAAAAAAUCAGCAAAAUCGCUUUGGUUCUGUGCAAGUGUACCUCAGUUUUGGAGUCUUCUAUGAGGACCCUGAGAUGGACCACAAACAGAAGGAAAGAAAACAACUGAAUGAUACUCUGGAUGCAAUUGAGGAGAGUACACAAAAGCUGCAGAACAAUAUCUUUCACAUGUGGCGAUACUACAACUUUGCCCGCAUGAGGAAAACAGCUGACUUUUUCCUUCUCCAAUCAAACUAUAACUAUGUGAACUGGUGGUCGACAGCCCAGAGCCUUGUUAUUGUUCUUUCUGGGAUCCUUCAGCUGUAUUUCUUGAAGCGUCUCUUCAACGUCCCAACAACUACAGAUACAAAAAAGCCAAGAUGCUAAGCUAAAACGACUAUAGCGCCCUGGCUCUCCUUCUGGGGCAGAAGCUUUGUCAAAGCUUUGGUCAAAUCACCUUUGUAAAGUUAUUGUAAAAAAUCAAUUUCUCUUGUUAGAAAGUUUUAGUCUAUUGCUUUCAUCUACGCAGGCAAAAUGGCAAUAAAGUAAUAAAAAUG